ACCGUCUGGUACCUGCUAUGUCACGUGCAUGGUCUAUCGCAGACCUUAGGUCUGUGACGGCUUCUCAUAUCCAGUAUCAACAAUCUUUUUCUCGUCGAGAAAAUGGCUGGCAACGAUGAAGAGCGGACAAAAAGCAGAAAGCAAGUUCUCUUUCAGUACAUUCUGUGUGCCUCGGCAUUUCUAGUCCAGUUUACAGCGUUUGGAUUUUACCGCGGGUUCGGAUCCAUUUACGUGUCGAUGCAGGAAAAAUUUACAGAAAGCAACGCGUUGAUAGCGUGGACCGGCUCCAUGUCAUUAUCAAUGGUGUUCCUAUUUACGCCGAUUACUUUCAGAGUCUUCGACCUGGUUGGCUAUAGACUCUCACUACUACUUGGAGGAACAUUAAUUGGCCUUUCUCUCAUGGCGACCUCUUUUGCAUCCAGUAUAUUUGUAACUUAUUUCACACUUGGACUUGUGUUUGCGAUAGGACAAAGUUUGUGUUAUUUUGCUCCGUUGCUGAUUUUGCCCCUCUAUUUCAAAAAGAACUUAUCACUGGCCCAUGGAAUAGUGAUGUGCGGGAGUAGUCUCGGAGGCCUCGCUCAGGCUCCCGGUCUCGGUUUCAUGUUGCAAAAGUAUGGAUUCAGCAGUGGAAUGCGGCUAUCUAGCGUGAUCGCACUGUUUGUAAUAGCAGUAUCUGUGUUAUUCAAGCGGCCUGAGGAGAGUUUUGGGCCAAAUCCAUUAAUGUUCAAGAAGGAGAGAAAGAAAGAAAUAACGACCAAGAGUAGAAAUGAGGAGAUACCUUUACUAAGAAAUUAUGCUUACAUCAUGUAUGUUAUUGCUUCCAUGCUGAUCAGUUUUGGGGUUUUCACACCCUUUGUCCACUUGGUACGCCUAGCGAUGGAUACAGGGAUCUCAUACUCAAUGGCGAUAUUUCUACCAGGCAUCAUCUCUUUGGCGCAAGCUGUUGGUAAGGUAGGCUUCGGCAAGCUUGCAUCUCUCCCGAAAUACAACAAGCUCUCACUCAGCAAAUGGGCCGCCAUCGUUAUAGGCAUAGUGACAACACUUGUUCCAAUCCUAACCUCCUUUGUUGGCCUUGCUGCAUAUUCCUGUCUUUAUGGUAUUGCUGACGGCAGUAUUGCGGUGUCUACUAUGCUUGUCAUCAGAGACCUGAUAACAAUUAAACAAUUCAAUAGAGGAUACAGUGCAUACAUUAUCUGCCAAUGCUUGGCCCUCCUUGCUGGUCCACCGUUUGCAGGAUAUUUGUACACGGUUUCAGGAACAUACUCCCUUGCAUUCUUCAUUGCCGGUGGCUUUGCUGCUUUGGGAGGUUUUUCCAUGUUCGCUGUGCAAUAUUUUCAUUCGAAAAACAAAAGAACCUCUUUUUUCAACUUAUUGUCCAAAGGAUGCAGUUCCCAGCAAAAUAAGAAGAUUUUCAGUUUUAUGCAGAGUUACACAAAACCAGAUCAUUCGAAAAUCGAGAAAAACUGUUCAAUAGAUCCAGAACUUCCCAAUUCGUUUAUUUCGUUGCUUCAGCUAAAUGACCCAAAAAACUAUGUUGACGAUUCUAUACACGUGGAAAGGACCAAGAGCUUGCUGUCUUCAGAUGAGGCUUGUUAUGAAGUAGAUGAAGCAGGUGGUUUCAUGUUACCGCUUGGAGAUAAUGGUUUGGCUGCCUAAAGGCAUAAAAAACAUUUAGUUAGAACUUUAGCAUUAUGAAAUUAGUAAAUUCAGAAAUAGUACCGUUAUCAAUUCAUUUAUUUAUUUCAAAUCCAUGUUAUAAUUGCAAUAUAUAUAUAAUAUAUAAUUAUACUUGCAAUAUAUAAUUAUAUUUGCAAUAGAUAUAUGGAUAUCAAAUUC